AUGGCUACCCCCGCAAGACCACAAAAUCACCGAGCCUGGUGGAAAGAGUCCUCGGUUUAUCAGAUCUGGCCCGCAUCCUACAAAGACUCGAACGAUGACGGUAUUGGAGACAUUCCUGGAAUCAUCUCACAGCUUGACUAUAUCAAAAAGAUCGGCGUUGAUAUUGUCUGGCUGUGCCCGUCCUACAAGUCUCCACAGGUGGAUAUGGGUUAUGACAUUGCCGAUUACUACAGCAUUGCUGAUGAGUACGGCACGGUCGCAGACGUGGAGAAGCUGAUCCAGGGCUGCCAUGAUCGGGGGAUGAAGCUCCUCAUGGAUCUAGUUGUGAAUCAUAGCAGCGACCAGCAUGAAUGGUUCAAGCAAUCGCGAAGCUCCAAAGACAAUGAGUACCGCAAUUGGUAUGUCUGGAAGCCCGCUCGGUAUGAUGAGCAGGGGAACCGUCACCCUCCCAACAACUGGGUCUCGCAUUUCCAAGGGAGCGCUUGGCAGUGGGAUGAACUCACCGAAGAGUACUACCUUCACCUCUAUGCGACAGAACAGCCGGAUCUAAACUGGGAGCACCCACCUGUUCGCGAUGCAGUACACGACAUUAUGAGAUUCUGGCUGGACAAAGGCUGUGACGGUUUCCGAAUGGAUGUGAUCAACUUCAUCAGCAAAGAUCAGCGCUUCCUCGACGCACCUGUCAAGGACCCUCGUACACCGUGGCAAUGGGGUGAUAAAUGGUACGCCAAUGGACCCCGGCUGCACGAGUACCUCCAAGGUCUCGGGAAAAUUCUGCAAGAGUAUGAUGCCUUCAGCGUGGGCGAGAUGCCUUUUGUUAAGGACGAGCAGGAAGUUCUCAAGGCCGUCCAGUUUGACCGCCAUGAGAUCAAUAUGAUCUUCAACUUUGAGCAUGUGGACAUCGACCAUGGCACAUAUGAUAAGUUUGAGCCUGGUAACUGGAAGCUCACGGACUUGAAAGAUUUCUUCCAGCGUUGGCAGACCUUCAUGUAUGCUAACGAUGGCUGGAAUGCCCUCUACUGGGAGAACCACGACCAGCCGCGGUGCGUCGAUCGCUAUGUGCAUGCUAGCGAAGGGAAACGUGUUAUCGCGUCUAAGAUGUUGGCCACCGCUCUGGCACUGCAAUCCGGUACACCAUUCGUGUACCAGGGACAAGAGUUGGGAAUGCGCAAUGUUCCCAAAUCUUGGGGCAUUGAAGAGUACAAGGACCUUGACUGCCUUAACCACUGGCACAGAAUCCUGAAAGAAAGGCCCGAUGACACCGAAGCCCACGCAAGUGCCCUUGCAGAGUAUCAGAAGAAGUCUCGUGAUAAUGGCCGCACUCCGGUCCAAUGGUCCUCUGCUCCCAAUGGAGGAUUCACCGGUCCUAACGUCAAGCCUUGGAUGUCCGUCAAUCCUGAUUUCGUGACCAUCAACGCUGAAGACGAAGUAAAGGACCCCAACUCAACCUACCAUUUCUGGGGCAAGGUCCUCGGGCUCCGUAAGAAAUAUCUCGAUAUAUUCGUAUACGGAGACUGGGUGUUGAUUGACCAGCCGAACCAAGAGGUCUUUGCAUACACCAGACAGUAUGGAAAUGACAAGGCGUUGGUUUUGUGCAAUUGGACCGAGACGACCAUUGACUGGGAUGCCGCAAGCAAUGGAAUUGAUGGUGUCAAGGCUGUAUUGUUGGACAAUUAUGAUACUGCCGAGGCUGUCCAGCACUUCACUGGCGGGAAAUGGUCACUGCGGCCAUAUGAGGCUGCUGUCUUCCUGGUCUGA